CGGGGUCCCCUUGGCUGCAAGCAGGCAGGGUGUGGGACGCCGUCGGGGAAGUCGGUGCAGGGCAGCGCCCUUGAGGGGUGCCGGCCCAAGAAAGAGAAGGGAGUGAUAGGGUUGCCAACCUCCAGCCAGUGCCGGGAGUUCUCCCGGAAUGACAACUGAACUCCAGGCCACCGAGAUCAGUUCCCCUAGAGAAGAUGGCUGUUUUGGAGGUUGGACUCUGUGGCAUUAUACCCUGCUGAGUUCCCUCCCCUCUCCAAACCCUGCCCUCUCUAGCCUCCACCCCCAAAUCUCCAGGAAUGUACUCAACCUGGAGCUGGUGAUAAGGUUGCCAAGCUCCAGGUGGAGCCUGGAGAUCCGGACCUACAACUGAUCUCCAGACUACAGAAAUCAGUUCCUCUAGAGAAAAUGGCUGUUUUGGAGCUUGGACUGUAUGGCAUUCUACCCUGCUGAGGUCUCUUCCCUCCCCAAACCCGGCCAUUCCCAGGCUCCACCUAAAUAUCCCAGAGUUGGCAACCCAGAGUUGGCAACCCUUGAGUGUUCUCAGCCUGCUGUGAAAGAGGAAGUAAUGGCUGAACCUGCUACAGUAAACAAAACACUGUUGACUGAACAACUCAUUACAACUUUGCCAAGCCAUGAUGGGCCAAGUGAUCUACCGACCCAGGAGCGGCUGCCGGCUUGUAAACUAGAACCCGUCUGCAUAGAGGAGGAGGACAACAGAACGGCAGUGUUGCCAGUCUGCCCAAGCGCGCACAGCAAGGGCAGAGAAUCCUCCAGCAGUAGUACAAUCUACAGCUUCGGUGGAAACCAGUGCUUUCACUGCUUGAUCACAUUCCCGGAUGAGAAGUACAAGGAGCGGCACAUGAAACGGGAACACCCAGAGGACUUUGUUCAGGCCAACUUGCGCGAUGCCCUCUUUGUAUGUUUUAUUUGUAGUAAGGCCUUCGAGAGCUCACGUGCGCUCAUCUAUCAUCAGCGGGGCCACGCGCCUGCCCCACCCUCUGACUGCACUGACUGCUUGCACCCUCCGUUUGACUGCCCCGACUGUGGCCGCUGCUUUGGCCACUUGGCCAACUACCAGCGUCACCGCCAGGGCCAUACCGCCAGCCAAAGCCUGCCACACCAGUGCCCGGAUUGCGGCAAGAGGUUCCGUCAGCUUUCGAAUCUGCGUCGGCACCAAGCUUUCCACCAGCAGACACAGGAGUUGCUUCCCUCCCGUCUCUAUUCUUGCAUGGAGUGUGGGGAGAGCUUUAAUCAAGAGGCAGGGCUGCAUGAACACUACAUCCGCCAUGCCCGGGGGGAGCUCUAACGAGAGUUGUGGCUUUGUGCGUCAACUUCCUGGAUCUGGGUGGAGGCAGGAAGACAAUGCGCAUUGCUGCAUGAGGAGCAAAACCAGAGGGAGACAAGGAAUGGCAGAGAAAGUGCCCUUUCCUGAUAGGAAGAGGAAAGUGCCCCAAGUUCUAGGAAGUGCCAGACCUGGUUGUGCCUCAAUCAUGAAGUAUAGCUGGUUCAAGGGAAUGGUACAGAGGGAUUUCCCCUAAUAGGAAAUACUCCCUCGGUAGCCUGAGCAAAAAUUGGAGAAUGGGUGAUGGAAGGGGGUGUGAACCAUCUCUCCUUUCUUCUAGGAGUGGACUCCAGCCCAUCCGUUUUAGGUCAUUGGCCAGGAGGCUAGGAAGCUCCUACCCAGCUUCCUCCUGGUAUAUUGCCUUUUGGAGGGUCAUCUGUCUACUAUGAAUGCACCUUUUGCAAUAAGUGUGCUUGGGAGUAUGUGGCCUGCAGUCAAUCUCCUCUCCUCUUUAGGUUGAGAGGAGCGCACACGGCAUGCAGGUGCAGAGGAAAACAAAGGCUGUGUGUCUUUCUUGUGUCCCGAUUUUCCCAGGCGUAAGUGGAAUUUGAUAUAGGAAGUGGAAUUAAACCGAGUCUUUAUGGCUGUGGAAGGAAAAAACAUAAAACCGUGACAGUGGUAGGGCCUAGUGACAUCCCGAGAACUGGAGGGAGUCUGAACAUGACUUUCUAGGCUGGGUUUCUCUGUAUUGCUCCCUAGCCUCUCCCAAAAUUGGAGCAAGUCUUGCAGGAAAGUAAAAAGCUCUUUCUUGAAAUGCAGAAUCCUGAAUCUCUUAGGAUUUAGGACGUUAGUUUAGUUCUGAUUAUUAUUUUCUGAAGCAUGGUCCCUACAGACACAGCCUUGGUUGUGACCUGGGGUUCUGAACCAGCGCCUUCCAGUUUUGGGUAUCAUUGAUACUGAAUCCUGUGUGUGUUGCCCAUGUACUCUUUCUCCCAAUGUAAAUUCCUUUCCACAGAGAUGGGAAGAAAGGAGGAAGUCUCUCUUGCCAGCCAGUUUCAUUCUCCUUGCUUGCAGCAGGCUGAUAAAGAAUUGUCUGGAAUUGUUCAGGCUGAGACCAGGGAUUUUCUACUCCACAUGCUCAAAUGCUUUCAGCAGGAUGUGUGCUGCUAAUGGAUGUCUCGUCUUUCUCUGUGAGCCAGAUGGUUCUCCCUCUUAGGCCUUUGACACUACAUGUGGGCCACCCUCUUUCAGCUGGCAGUCAACAGGCAACAAACUGCAAACACCCAUUCUCCCUAGAAACUUCAAGGCAAAGAAUAAGCCAUGUGCCCACUAAUAGCUUCUAAACUUACCUUAAUCCUGGGUUCUUCUGCCCUACAUGUCCCCCAAAUCAUAUGGUCUGUGACAAGAGAUGCACUACAAUUAACAAACAAACUGGGUUUCUGGAGCUGGAUAGAGACAUUGGUUUGAAAAUGGCUAUAGCACUUGGAUUAGGGGAGGCAAAUUCUGUUCAGAAUUGCCAUGCACUGGUGGAAGGUUAGCACUUUCAGGAUAAUUGUUCUACAGGUCCAGUGUGGCCACUGGGUGUCCUCUGGCAUCCAUCUUUGUGGACUUGGUGAGUGCAUCACCCCGGGACUGUAUCAUGCAAAUUGAUUUCAUCCUCUAUAGCAUGUGAAGUAUUUGCAAAACUGGUGUACUCCAUAGCGUGUCCAAGGGUUUUUUGCACUGUUAGGCAAUCCAUAAUAUCCAGCUUGCUGUCACUACACUGAGUGUGUGUCUGCAAGGAACUCUGGGAAUUGUAAUUUAUGACAGCGGGUUAUUCAACACUAUGACCACUCUGCAUUCUUCAGAGUUGGCUGAGCCAAACAAAGAUGACAAAGCUGGCUUGUUUGUACAGCGGGGUACAGUCUCUGUGGCUGUAUGGAUUUUAAGUGUCCUCAAACCCAGCCCGGAGAAGAAAAUAGUGCUUAAGAGAUUCAUUUUUGAAAUUUCUAUCCUGCCUUAGUAUAAAAUAUAUUAAAAUACAUAUAUGGGGAAUUCUGUGGCUGCCCCAUAAGGCAUUGAAUGAACGUUCACCAAGCUUUGUGGCUGUGUAAGAAUUUGAAUGUACCUUGCAGCUCAACCCGGUGCUCUGAAGAAUAUCUGGAAGCUACUGGCCCAUUCAGCCUGUACCAUCUAGUCCAGUUCUCACUUGGAGGCCUUUCCCAGCUCUGAAAUCCUUUUCAACUGGGUGUGCCAGAGAUUGGGACAGAAGGCCUUCUGCAUGCAGAGUUCAUGCUUGACCCUCAUCCUCCCUCCCAACUUACUGGAUCAUGUGGCUUAGCCUUUGCCAGCCUAGGUAAGCCCCCCCCC